GCGAUGAUUCGACUGCCGGAUAAAGCGCCAGUAUUCAGUGAAUUUUCUGUAGUGUCUAUGCAAUGAAGCUAUAAUGAUUGUCCUUCAUCGCAUAGUUGAAAUAUUGGGAACAUAUACUCAUCUCAAUAAGCUUGUGGGCAUGUAUCAAAGAGGCAAAAUCUUCGACCCAUGUCUUAUGAUUUCUACACCUACCUCUUUUUCGAUGAUGCGCCUCAACGGAGUGAGCUCUUCUGACUCAAGGGUAGUAUGAUGUAGGAACAUCCUAGUUAUAGCAUACCUUAGGAAUAGCUUAUCAAUUUAUUACAUGCUUUCUAGAUGUUUCUAUAGCUAACUUAUAUAUAUUACUAUUGUAGUAGGAUGAGGCAUUAAUGAAUAUUAUGCUAUUUUGGAGCUUGUGAGCUUGUAUUGGUUCUUAGUUUUGUAAUCCUUCUAUCAUAUUCAUUUCUUCUGCCGAUUCACUACGUUAAAGGAUUUAGCAUGACUCGCAUCCCCUGCUCUCCCCUCGUCACUAUUGGUGAACGCCUUAUUAAAACCACCAUCUUCAACAAAUAUUAUUGCUUUCUGCACUGGAUAAUCCAUUGCCAUGCCUGGAGAGUCUGCUUGGCUUUUCCGAUCAAUGGAGAUCCUUAUUCAAUUAAAAAAAAAAAAAUCACAUAAGGUUUGAUACAAAGUAUAUGUUUUGUCCUCCAUCAAACAUGAGGCAGAAUUUGAGGCAAUACCACGAUUUACAAGGUGGCAUGUUAUAUAAUGUUGACCCUAUGCUGUGGGACAAAAGCUUGUUGUUGUAUGCAAGGCCAAUUCUUUUUAAAAUAUUUUUGGAGGAAUUAUUUCCUUUAAGUUGAGAUCAGACAAUGCAUCAUAUUUAUCUCAAACAAAAAUUCCCAUAUCAAUUUUCUCCAUCAGAAAUUUAAUCAAUUUUGAAUUAAUUACAGUGCUUUAUUUUGCUUUUUGCAGGGAGGGUUUGGGCGGGUCACAACAUCUUGAAGUUUGACUGCCCUCGGAUCAGGGAAGCCUUUGCAGAGAUAGGUAGGCCUCCCCCAGAGCCCAUUGGAACCAUCGAUACCUUGCCAUUGCUUACCCAAAGGUUUGGAAGGAGGGCUGGAGACAUGAAGAUGGCUACAUUGGCUAAUUAUUUUUGUCUUGGACCACAGAAGCACAGGGGCUAUUUGGCAUUUGGAUUUAUGCAGGAUUUGAGCAACUGGAUUUGGCCGAAAAAGUGUGCGAAAGGGAGAAAGAAGAUUACCUUCACAACAAGCAAGCUCGCGUCGUUACUUACGAUCCAACUAGAAGAAUGUCGUCGAAAUGUCUUGACUUCCGAUCUGACAAGGAGGGAACAUCGUCGAAAGAGUCAAAUAAGUGACUCAUUGGAUCAAAGUCGAACAACAACGAAGAAAGGAGCCAAAGAAGUGACUUGUGCAAAACUCUACCUCACGUGAAAGCAAUGAAGGCGAACACCAAAGACGAAAUAUAGAAGAGGAAAGAGCAAACCCUAUAUGCCUCCUAAGAUUGGGAAGAAAUUAAAUUAAUUCUUAAAUGAUAAGAGCUAAGUAUUAUAAAAAAAAUAA